AUGUCUAAACCGGAGCCCCGCGAGGUAAUGAAGUGUGUAAACCAAGGGCAAAACGAUGGUGCACUACAGUCUGUCACCAGCGGUACACUACAGUCUGUCACCAGUGGUGCACUACAGUCUGUCACCAGUGGUGCACAACAGUCUGUCACCAGCGGUGCACUACAGUCUGUCACCAGCGGUGCACUACAGUCUGUCACCAGUGGUGCACAACAGUCUGUCACCAGCGGUGCACUACAGUCUGUCACCAGCGGUGCACUACAGUCUGUCACCAGCGGUGCACUACAGUCUGUCACCAGCGGUACACUACAGUCUGUCACCAGUGGUGCACUACAGUCUGUCACCAGCGGUACACUACAGUCUGUCACCAGUGGUGCACUACAGUCUGUCACCAGUGGUGCACAACAGUCUGUCACCAGCGGUGCACUACAGUCUGUCACCAGCGGUGCACUACAGUCUGUCACCAGUGGUGCACAACAGUCUGUCACCAGCGGUGCACUACAGUCUGUCACCAGCGGUGCACUACAGUCUGUCACCAGCGGUGCACUACAGUCUGUCACCAGUGGUGCACUACAGUCUGUCACCAGUGGUGCACAACAGUCUGUCACCAGUGGUGCACUACAGUCUGUCACCAGUGGUGCACAACAGUCUGUCACCUGUGGUGCACUACAGUCUGUCACCAGUGGUGCACAACAGUCUGUCACCUGUGGUGCACUACAGUCUGUCACCUGUGGUGCACUACAGUCUGUCACCUGUGGUGCACUACAGUCUGUCACCAGUGGUGCACAACAGUCUGUCACCAGCGGUGCACUACAGUCUGUCACCAGUGGUGCACAACAGUCUGUCACCAGCGGUGCACUACAGUCUGUCACCAGCGGUGCACUACAGUCUGUCACCAGUGGUGCACAACAGUCUGUCACCAGCGGUGCACUACAGUCUGUCACCAGCGGUGCACAACAGUCUGUCACCAGUGGUGCACAACAGUCUGUCACCAGCGGUGCACUACAGUCUGUCACCAGUGGUGCACAACAGUCUGUCACCAGUGGUGCACAACAGUCUGUCACCAGCGGUGCACUACAGUCUGUCACCAGUGGUGCACAACAGUCUGUCACCAGCGGUGCACUACAGUCUGUCACCAGUGGUGCACUACAGUCUGUCACCAGUGGUGCACUACAGUCUGUCACCAGUGGUGCACAACAGUCUGUCACCAGCGGUGCACUACAGUCUGUCACCAGUGGUGCACUACAGUCUGUCACCAGUGGUGCACAACAGUCUGUCACCAGUGGUGCACAACAGUCUGUCACCAGCGGUGCACUACAGUCUGUCACCAGUGGUGCACAACAGUCUGUCACCAGCGGUGCACUACAGUCUGUCACCAGUGGUGCACUACAGUCUGUCACCAGUGGUGCACAACAGUCUGUCACCAGUGGUGCACAACAGUCUGUCACCAGUGGUGCACUACAGUCUGUCACCUGUGGUGCACUACAGUCUGUCACCAGUGGUGCACAACAGUCUGUCACCAGUGGUGCACAACAGUCUGUCACCAGUGGUGCACAACAGUCUGUCACCAGCGGUGCACUACAGUCUGUCACCUGUGGUGCACUACAGUCUGUCACCAGUGGUGCACAACAGUCUGUCACCAGUGGUGCACAACAGUCUGUCACCUGUGGUGCACUACAGUCUGUCACCAGUGGUGCACAACAGUCUGUCACCAGUGGUGCACAACAGUCUGUCACCAGUGGUGCACAACAGUCUGUCACCUGUGGUGCACUACAGUCUGUCACCUGUGGUGCACUACAGUCUGUCACCAGCGGUGCACUACAGUCUGUCACCAGCGGUACACUACAGUCUGUCACCUGUGGUGCACUACAGUCUGUCACCAGCGGUACACUACAGUCUGUCACCAGCGGUACACUACAGUCUGUCACCAGCGGUGCACUACAGUCUGUCACCAGCGGUGCACUACAGUCUGUCACCAGCGGUGCACUACAGUCUGUCACCAGCGGUGCACUACAGUCUGUCACCAGCGGUACACUACAGUCUGUCACCAGCGGUACACUACAGUCUGUCACCAGCGGUACACUACAGUCUGUCACCAGCGGUACACUACAGUCUGUCACCAGCGGUACACUACAGUCUGUCACCAGCGGUACACUACAGUCUGUCACCAGCGGUACACUACAGUCUGUCACCAGCGGUACACUACAGUCUGUCACCAGCGGUACACUACAGUCUGUCACCAGCGGCACACUACAGUCUGUCACCAGCGGUACACUACAGUCUGUCACCAGCGGUACACUACAGUCUGUCACCAGCGGUACACUACAGUCUGUCACCAGCGGUACACUACAGUCUGUCUCCAGCGGUGCACUACAGUCUGUCACCAGCGGUGCACUACAGUCUGUCACCAGCGGUACACUACAGUCUGUCUCCAGCGGUGCACUACAGUCUGUCACCAGCGGUGCACUACAGUCUGUCACCAGCGGAACACUACAGUCUGUCACCAGCGGUACACUACAGUUAGAAGGUUAG